UUGACACACCCUGUCUUCUCCGACACGCUGCAAUAGUAGUCAAUCGAAACAUCUGUUGGGAUUCUUCAGGAUGCUUCCUGUGUAAGCUUGUGAAAGUCGGGAGACGACUGGCAGCCUGUCAAGCAAGUUUUGGAAGCCCAGGUCGGGGGCUCAAGGAACAAUCUACAGCAAUCUACUCGGCAAUAUCGAUGAGUCUGAAACAACAAAGCAGGGAAAGGAAUUAAGCUUUAUCUACGCGGCCACGUGGAGUGCGUGCUCAUCAUUCGCGAAAGAUCAGACCCCUCUUAUUCCCAACACGCGUUAUCUUCCGCUAUAAAAGCCCACCAGCUUCGCCAUUUUCCACAGCGACUCUCCAUCGUUUCGUCCACAUCGUUUGCCUCACCGCCGUGCUCAGUCUCGUCCAAACCGUACUCACUACUCUUCCUCACGGAACCUGUGCAUGUUCUCUAACCAACUAGGGAGCACUCACAACCCUCACCGCGGCAACAAGCACACCUGCGGAGACGCUAUAAUAUUCUGUCAUUAAAAACCCCUCUUUCAAUUGUCGUUCUAUAACCUCCAAAUAUCUAUCGAAAUGGCACCCUACAAUGGAGUCAACUCGUCCGGACUGAACACCCCCGAGUCCGAGCUCGAGUCGCUCGUCCCUGUUCACCCGACUGCGGCACGUCGUCCGUACCCUAUCGUCGUCCAGUCGGAGAACACCUCGUACUCUGACGAGUACAUCACCUCCAAGUUCACCAACCGUGGUGCUGACGUCGUCGCUUCUGAUGGUCAGUUCAUCGUCAAGCCCACGUCUAAGCCCUACGAGUUCCAGACGGCUAGGAAGGUCUCCAAGACUGGCCUGAUGCUUAUUGGCAUGGGAGGAAACAACGGUACUACGCUUUGUGCUACCGUCCUCGCCAACCGUCACAACAUCUCCUGGCACACCAAGUCCGGCGUUCAGCAGCCCAACUACAUCGGCUCAGUCCUCCGCGCCUCCACCGUUCGUCUGGGUACUGAGCCUGGUACCGGCAAAGAUGUUCACAUCCCUAUCUCUGACGUCCUCCCUAUGGUUCACCCUAAUGACCUUGUACUCGGAGGGUGGGACAUCUCCGGUCUCCCCAUGGACAAAGCCAUGCACCGCGCCGAGGUCCUGGACUGGGAUCUCCAACGCCAGGUCGCUCCUCACAUUGCUGCCUUGGGUUCUCCCCUUCCAUCCAUUUACUACCCCGACUUCAUCGCUGCCAACCAGGAAGCUCGCGCUGACAACGUCAUUCCUGGCAAGGACAAACAGAAGCACCUCGAGCGCAUCCGCUCUGAUAUCCGCAAAUUCAAAGCCGACAACCAGUUGGAUCGAGUUGUUGUGUUUUGGACUGCCAACACGGAACGUUACAGCGAAAUCAUUCCUGGCGUGAACGACACGGCGGACAACAUCCUCGCCGCUAUCAAGUCUUCUCACUCCGAGGUGUCUCCUUCCACCGUCUUCGCCGUUGCCGCUAUCCUCGAGGGCGAGCCCUUCGUCAACGGCGCUCCUCAGAACACCUUCGUGCCAGGUGUCAUCGAACUUGCCGAGCGCCAGAAGUCGUUCAUCGGUGGUGACGACCUCAAGUCUGGCCAGACCAAGCUCAAAUCUGUCUUUGCCGAGUUCCUCGUCAAUGCUGGUAUCAAGCCUCUGUCCAUUGCGUCGUACAACCAUCUCGGUAAUAAUGAUGGACACAACUUGUCUGCGGAGCCUCAGUUCAAGAGUAAGGAGAUCUCGAAGAGCAGUGUUGUGGAUGAUAUGGUCGCUGCGAACCGCCUUUUGUUCAAAAGUCCUGAGGAGGGCGCUGUUAAAGGGACCAAGGCUGCUAAGGGUGAACAUCCUGAUCACAUCGUUGUGAUCAAGUAUGUUCCUGCCGUUGGUGACUCGAAGCGUGCGAUCGACGAGUACUAUUCGGAGAUCUUCUGUGGUGGUCGGUCUACUAUCAACAUCUUCAACGAGUGCGAGGACUCGCUUUUGGCAACGCCUCUCAUCCUCGAUUUGACCAUACUCACGGAGUUGCUCACUCGUGUUCAGUACCGCGAUGCUUCCACCCAGGCCGAGUUCUCUCCUUUGUACCCGGUCCUCUCCUUGCUGUCCUACAUGCUCAAGGCUCCGCUCGUUAAGCCUGGUAAGUGUCUUCUGUCUCACUCGUUUGAGAUUGCUUUUUGUCUUAUGUGUCUGUCGUUGUAGGCACCGAUGUCGUGAACAGCUUGAACCGCCAGCGCAAUGCGCUCGAGUCGUUCUUGAAGGCUUGCAUCGGUCUCGAGAGUAACAGCGAUCUCUUGUUGGAGACUCGUAUUUGGUGAACGGUUACUGUAUGGUGAAUGGUGAAUAACAAUGGCUUUUAGGGUGCCAUUUUCCCUCGUGUCUGUCUUUUUGGUUUUGAAACUUUGAACGAUUUGCGACGUUGGUAGAAUGCGGGGGUUUUUCAACAAGCCCUUUCUUGCUGAUGAUCUCUGGACUGUAGAGUUUAGACAUCUAUUGUAUCUUCUUGACUAUUCAACUGGUCGUAGAACGUAUCGUACUGAAUAUGUGUACUGUGGUUUGCUGGGGAAAACUACCUGCCUUUACACUUCCUUUGUUUGAUUUGUAAAGAUAC